AUGCAUGUCUACAUCGUUCUCCAGCUUGCAGUCGGCAUCCACGUACUCGCUACUUACAAGGCACAAUAUCAGCACGUGCUAGUCGAGGAUUAUGAAUUUGGACAGAUCCCCGCUGGCGACGAAGUCUGUCUAGCGGUCCAGGAGACCGCUACACUCCAGGAGCCGUGGCUUACUCGUUGUCGACUACGGUACCUUGCAGAAAAUCAGGCGGCUCCAGUGCGUUUUGGCAACACCUGCAGCUUUCGGCCGGGUAGGACUGCACCAUGCCUCAGUGCCGAUGCCCACGUUGCCGACAAUGAUGUCCGUAGCAACACCGCCCGACUAGAUUUUAGCGAUGCCAGUCAUGCUACCUGCCCAGAUGGCACGCGCCCCACAGCCAAAUCACCGAUUGCUUUCUUCCUGGACGAGGAGUCAUGUCUGGCUGUCAGGUCGCAAGCAAAUGGGGAAUGCUUUCAAGUCGAAGGCACACAGAGCGCUCCGUAUUACUUUGUCCCGCAUGCACCUGCACCUGGUGCCGAGAGCUUGUAG